AUGAGUAGCUUUGAGCGCGACAAAUUCAAUGGCCGUCUGGAUUGCAUUGCCGCCCGCGAAGGGCUUUACCACGAUGUGCAACAUGCCACCAACGGCUUGAUGACAGAUUCAACCAUCUCACCCAACACCUCCAAAGUCUCGCAAAAGCUUUCUGAUCAGCUUCCGGAUGUAGCGAAGUACCUCGACGGCUUGCUACACGUCCAGAGGUUUAAGACAUCCGACCCUGCGGCCAAGGACGAGCUGGUGGCCUUCGCAAAUGUCACGAGUGCAGCGCUGAACGAGCUGACAAAGAGCUUGCUGGAGCUCACUCCACAGACAACAGACUGUCUCAAGGCUCAAAGAGACCUCGCCUUCCUCGAUCCCAUCGCAAAGCAUCUACCACACAUCCCAGAAGACGGCUGGCUCCUUCCUUUUUUCAUGCUCUUCAUACCCGUCAUGAUCGGCUUCUGGCUCCCGUACUACAUCUUGUACCGCCAGCAGUUUUCCAGCUGGAAGUCGAUGUUUGCUGGCUGCGUUGUCGCCAUUAUCCCCACUGUCAUAGUGCACGGCGGAUACACCACGUACGCGGGCCGGUUCGUCUACAUCUGCAUUGCGUUCACCAUCGUCAUUACCGAAAUAUGCCAUUGGGGUUGCGGCUGGUACGAGGAGAGCUACCGCAAUCGGCUUGCGACUGAGAAAUACCUCUAUUCUGUCUACAAAGACAUAGAGACUGACGUCUUGGACGGAGUCCUGGACCGGGUUGAGCAAACCGGAAACUCGGACGAAGAAAGCAGCGAUCCCAUUACCACCGAAACGGCGCUGCAGAUUCGACGAGCGUUGGAGAAGUGCAUCCAUGCACAUAUAUGCGCUCCGACGACGGCAAAUGAUGAGAAGCCCGCACCGGAUACCGCCACGCCCCCACCGCGGUUGGUCGACUGCAGUGCAGAGAACGAGAAAGCGGGUUUCAACGGCAUCACUCGAAUCCAGCCCCCACCAGCGCCAGCGUGUUCUGAGAGCCGGACACGCUCUUCGGUUUCACCCUCCCGGAUGGUGUAG